AUGUCCGCCGUAGGUAGCGGCGAAAGCAGAGACGUUUUGGUGUUGGGUGGUGGUUGGUGGAAGCGACGACGUGAAAUACCAGAAGUAAUUUGGAAAGACAACUGCUAUUGUGUUCGAGCAGACCGAAAGCUGACCAAACUGCUGAUCAAAACUAAACUUGUUUUCUUGACUCCAAUGAGGAUUAUCAGAGAAGCCAUUGCUAGUUUAGGUAGUCCUGCUCCUAUAUUGGUUUCAGAAGGGGCUAACACCAUGGAUGUGGGUCGAUCUGUUUUGGUCCAAAUGGAACCCAGAACCUGUUUAGAUGUAGGAACAUGGGGGACAAUUGGUGUUGGUUUAGGGUAUUGUAUUGCAACAGCAAUAGCUUCGCCUGAUCGGCUUGUGGUUGAAAAACUUACUGUUAUAUCAAAUGGUGCUUGA